UUUAGUUUGUCUUUCGGUGCGUUAAGAUGCGGGAGUGCGGAGAGCGCAUCCGGCGUGAGCGCGCCCUCAGCCCGAGGCUCGUCCUUCGAAGGGUUCUGGUGCUAUCGGAGGGACGGCAAUACCGGGAGGCGGCAGCGGUUCUUUCGAAGCUCGGAGGUGCCGGGAUUGCAGCCGUCGCCAGUGAACUUCCCUUGGAUCUACUCGUUGAUGGACUACCACAUUCUGCACAGCUUCUGGAAACCCUACUUACAAAAUUGGUGUCUUCCGGUCACCAGAGGACUAACUUGAAUGCGGAACCGGUGAUCUGGCAGCUCGUCAAACUGUUCGCGUGUCACGAGGAUCCCACGCUGAAGACGAAAGUCGGAAGAUUGGCAAGGGCUUUGGUCGAGUAUCAACCGGAUUUCCAUGCACUUCUUUUACAGAGACGGAAAGCUUUAGAGCAGGCAGUUCAAGGUUUAGGUUGUCAUGGUUUGACACCUGACAUCGGCGGAUUGACGCAUCUGCAUGCGGCCUUAAAGACUGAACUUCAGCGACACGUGGAGGCUUACAAAGGUGCUCUGCAUCGUUUGGAUGAACUCGGAUUCAGCACCGAUUCGAAGAAACCCGUAGACGCCAGUCAUCAAAGACUUCUCUCCUUGCAUCAUUCCGACGUCCAACAAAGAUUGAUAGACAACAAAACGCUUCUGACUCUGUUGGAUAAAUCAGUUCUUCAGCAGUUGCGACCUCUGAUCGACACUUUAGCAACACGAGUACAGAACGACAAAGAAGCUUUGUUUUGCGUUUCACAGCUGAAAAAGAUACAAUGCGCGAGCGAAGAUGUCCCAGUGGCUUCCUUACUAAUGUCAUUUUCUCGCGGUUGUGGCGCCCUCUUGGAUCUGAUGAGGAUACCGGAAAGCCCGUGUCACAGCGACGGCUACCAUUCGGAACCGGAAGCAGAACCUGACCAAGGUAUUGAUGCGGUCGGUCGAUACGGAGGCCUCUACUACCAGAGCAGACCGAGAGCUUUGGAGGCUUUGGAUUCCCUGCCAGACCUGCAACACGCCACUCAGCUCAAAGCCAAAAUUAUCUUCUCCGUAGUUGUCCUGGCUUUCAGGACCUGCAGGAACCUGAGGGAGACGAAGAUCAGGGAUACGUUCAGGACGCUUCACGUGGAUGGUCGCAGCAGCGGGAAUUUGAGGUCAGAGUUGAUCAAAUGUCUGGCUUCGAACGCCGAGUCCUUUCCGCUUGGGGAUGCUGAACAUCAGGUCGUGGCUCUUGUCUGCGACACGCUCAGGGAGUACAGGUGCUUGGAGGAUUGCAGUCCACUGCACAGGUACGUUGCCGAGGUUACGAGGACAGCCUGGUUGAUGGUGAAUCAGCAGCCGCCGUACGAGCUGGAGACGGACUUCCAGAUUCCCAUCAGGAUGCAGGGCGAACGUCACCAAAGACAUCAUUCCUCGGAGAGGGGAAGCGACAUAGUCAGAGCUUACCUCUGGCCCGCUCUCCUCAGGAACGGGAUCUGCGUCCACAAGGCCGUCGUCGUCACGGCCAAUUCACCCUUCUAAUUGAUUCCCCAAUCAUUGUACAUUCCAAAGUACACUUCCGCCCCUCUUCAAACGUCUAUAUCUUUUCACUACAUCGGCAAUUAGCCACAACUUUACUAUGUUCCUCCUCGCAUUCCCUCAUUUAUGGGAUUAUCUAAUCGAAAACCCACUGAUAGGAUUAUCCGACAAUCUCUGUUUACAUUUUCAGUCCAUUUCAUU